AUGGCUUCUAUUGACAUUGACGAGAAAGUCAAACCCACCCGAACUACUUCCUGCGUCGAGGGAUCUGUCUUCAACGACGAAAUCGACAGACAGGCGCAUAAUCUUGCCGUUAUCAACCAUGCGCUUGGUCAGAUCGGGUUCGGCCGCUAUCAAUGGCAGCUCUUCUGCACAUGUGGUUUUGGGUUUCUGCUAGAUCAGAUGUUACCCGUGGCUGUGAGCUUGGCACUACCUCAAGUCACAAAGCAGUGGGAGAUCAAGUAUCCCGAACUGAUCAUCUUGGCGCUCUAUGCCGGCAGUCUCGUUGGCGCCCUUGGCUGCGGCCUGACCGUGGAUUUCCUCGGCCGAAAGCGAGUCUGGCAGACAUCUUUGCUAAUCGUCACCAUUUUCGCUUUGGUAUCAGCUUCGUCUCCCAAUUUUGCUGCACUGUGCGUGUUCGUUGGAUUCCAAGGUCUGGCAGCGGGAGGAAACUUUGCUAUUGAUCUCACCGUAUUCAUUGAGUCGCUGCCCAAGUCGAAAGAUUACCUCCUCACCGCGCUUCCUCUUUGGUGGGGGCUCGGAAAUGCUAUUGGUGGACUGCUAGCAUGGCCCCUCAUUGCGAGGUAUUCAUGCCCACAAGGAAGCAAUCCCGAUACCUGUGCCAACUCCGGCAACAUGGGUUGGCGAUAUCAGUACAUCCUCGUGGGAGGGUUGGCUUUGAUAAUGGCUUCCGCUCGUAUCUUUUUCAUGAAGAUGGAGGAAUCUCCGAAGUGGCUUGUUGCUACCGGCAAAUUUGACGAGGCUGUUGUGGUUCUGGGCCAAAUCGCCCGAACAAACAAAUCCGAUUUUAUGAUCACGGCCAAUGAAUUUCUUUCCCUUGACACUCAACAGGCGGCGACGAGAAGCCGGAAACGAUCAAUUCUCGCUGGCCUCAAUAACAUCAAGGGCCUAUUCAAUACCCGGAAGAUGGCCUUUUCUACCUCUGGAGUGUUGGCUCUCUGGGUCUGCAUCGGCAUUGCCAUUUCUUCGACUGUCGGUAUAUUCGGUCCAAUUCUAGCCACCGUACUUGUCAACGUCCCCUUUCUUGGUCGAAGACGGGCAAUGGCCCUGACAGCGUUAAUCGCAGCCGCCUUUUGCGGAGGUUUCACCAGCGUUCGGACCGAAGGGAGCAACAUUGCCUUUUCCUGCAUGAUCAGCUUCUGGCAGAAUGGAUUUUACGCCAUUCUCUACUCAUACACGCCAGAGAUCUUGCCAACAGCUUUGCGUGGCACUGGAUGUGGUUUAAGUAUGGCGAGUGGAAGGGUUGCAUCAUUAUCCGCCCCAAUCAUUGCAAUCUAUGGCAACUUGAACACGCCUGUGCCGAUUUGGGUCCUUGUUGGUGUUUAUGGCCUCAUUGCUAUUAUCGCCGUUUCCCUUCCUUUCGAGCCGAAGCACUUCUCCGAGGACGAGCGGUAUUAA